AUGACAGAACAACAGCAACCGUCAAUUCCAGUGGUUCAACCUUUAGAAUUGAUUGAUAAAUGUAUCGGAUCAUCGAUAUUUGUCUUGAUGAAAGAUGAUAAAGAACUGGUAGGAACGCUUAGAGGAUUUGAUGAUUAUAUUAACAUGAUUCUAGACAAUGUCACGGAAUACUCCUAUAGCGUGGAUGGCUCUCGGAAAGAAACCAAGCUUCCUUCCCUUAUCUUAAAUGGAAACAAUGUUGCAAUUCUUGCUCCUGGACUCACAGAACCUCCAGAAGAGGAGUUGAAUGAAGACGUACGAUUCUAA